AUGCCAAUGAAGGUCAUGACAAAAAGACCUUUUGAAGUCACCAAGAAGAUCUCAAGCCACGCAUACCGCCUAAAGCUCCCUGAAUCACUGAAAAUCCAUGAUGUUUUUUACGUAGGACUACUUUCCAAAAGCCACAAAUCACCUAACCAGCCAUUCCCGGAACGCCCCCCUCCUGAAACAAUAAGAGGAGAGGAAGAAUACAAGGUGGAACAGAUCAUAGAUUCCAAGAGGCAACAAGGAAAGUGGUUCUACCUAAUCAAAUGGAAAGGAUACAGGCCAGAAGACAACUCUUGGGAACCAGAGGAACUACUGGAACACAGUCAAGAAGAAAUCCGUUGCUUCAACAAGUCACGACUGAAAAAGGCUUGUGACUCCGCCAAGAGCCUUUAA